GCUGAUGCAGCAACAGCUACCAUAAGGACACGCAAAUUUCUUAGUAACCGGCUAAUGCAUAGAAAGCAAUUUGUGGUAGAUGUUAUUCACCCUGGUCGUGCGAACGCAUCAAAACAUCGCAUUGCAGAGGCUGAGAAGACUGCUCGCAAACAACGCAAAGAGCGAAAGAAUCGUGCCAAGAAAUUCCGUGGAACUAAAAAGACAAAAGCUACCAAGAAAGAAAAGUAA